AUGAGAUUCCCAUUGGCUGGCUUAAGCUUCUGGCUUCUUAUUGGCUACGGUGGAGACCUUGCAAGCAAAGGUGACGCUCAGAAGGUCAGUUUGCAAGUGCAUUUGGGAACAGCACAUGAGGUCAGGUUCCUCCAAGGGGCACUGCUGUCGAAAUAUCCGCUACGCACAGUAUGCAUGGGUGACUGUAUCAAUGGCAAGUGCAUAGUUUGUGUUGCGGUUAUAGUUGCAGAGUUUAGUGAUUCUGAGAAGUGCCGAUGUGAACGAGUGGGCAUUGUGGUGGAUGUAAAUGGGCCAGUUUCAUUGUCCAUUUCGGCCAAAAUUGGGGUUAUUUAG